GAUUGACAGAAGCGCAUUGAGUGAGUCUGUACGGUUUUUAGGUUAUUAUCCUUAUAAAUAAAACUUUCCUUCCUUACGUAUACUUGGUGACGGUUUAUUAACAACAUUAGUUAUUUCUAGACUGUAAUACAUACUCUCCUGGCCUGAGAGUCAAUAAAACAGUGAUGUCAGGGAAUGAGAAGGAGAAGCCGCCGGACCCCGGUGGUGGCAAUUCCACGGAUUUGACGAACGAUUCUGUAGCAAUGGAUAUUGACGCUCAAACAAGGAAAAGAAACGCUAAAUCUCUGGAAUUGACACCAACCGACUUGUCCCGUGAACCACAUGAAAAAAGACCAACACAGGGUGACAUCAGCAAUGCAUCUAUUUCCACUUUAUAUAAACACCCCGACCUUGAAAACGAAACACGUUCCCAGCACAAUUCCUAUCACCAAAUCAAAAUUAUUCACCGAACAUUCUUAACGUGCGUGGUACGUCUUAAAACGUCGUCAUUGGCAAAAUCCCUCCUGCCAAUACACACAAGAGGGGAAAGCCAUAAAAAAAAAAAAAAAACUUUAACAAUAUUUACUGUGACUGAGUUAAACAAUGACUGUAACUAGAAAAGUGCUCAACUGGUACGCCAGACUAUCUCCAAGCCGUGGCCAUGUCACUCCUCCUUACAGUCACGUCGUACAGAUUGGAGAUCCUAGAUUACGUAAAGUUUCUCAGCCGGUGCCGACUGAAUCUAUCAAAACUGAGCAGAUUCAGACAAUAAUUAAGAAGCUAGAAGUAGUAAUAAACAGAUACGGCAGCCUGGGGAUGUCAGCGCCUCAAAUUGGCGUGAAUAUGAGGAUAUUUGCUAUGCAGUUAACUGCGCUAGAAAUUAAGAUUACGAGUCCAGAUAUUGUCAAAUCCCGUGGCAUGACUGUAGUACCGUACACUGUGUUUAUCAAUCCAUCAUUGAAAAUAGUUGACUAUCGCAAAGUUUCUCAUGCGGAGGGUUGUGAAAGUGUUAGAGGAUUCUCUGCAGAAGUUCCUAGAUACAAAGAAGUUGAAAUUUCAGGUCUUGGUCCUGAAGGUGAGCGGAAAACUGAGAAGUUUAAAGACUGGGCGGCCAGAAUAGCACAGCAUGAGCUAGACCACCUAGAUGGCAAACUGUACACGGACAUAAUGGACAGGAAGACACUCUGCUGUACGUGCUGGGAGGAAGUUAACGUGUCGCAGGGCAAACUGGCAAUACCAUUUACACCAGAAUAAAAUAUGCAAAUGAUGA